UCCGCUACGGCUGCUGGAAGGGGCCAGUCCUGGACGUUCUCGCGUCUGUCCCGGCCCGCCGCGGCCUCUCCGCCGCUCCUUUGCCCGGGCGCCUUGGUGCGCUCGGCCAACGGCCUCUGCGAGCGCCCGCCCGAGCGCCCCGGAGCCGGCGGGCGGCGGCCCCCUCCAGGGACCCUCCAGCGGGCCCAGGGGACAGAAGUGGCUCUCAAUCUAGCACAUGCGCAUUGGAGCAGUGUAAGGGUUUACUAUGAAGCACAGAAGCAGAUAGUGCCAAAUAGCAAGCCGCUGCUUCACAUUUCUGGAAAAGCAGUGUCCGUGUUGUUAUGUACACCUCCAAAAACAGUUCAGAUCUGUAGGGAAGUUGUUGUAUAAAGUAAACAACUACAGGGUAGCAGUAUUUAAUAGCUAUUGUAGACGUGUAUUUGCUCUAUUAAAAUGAAUAAGAGAACGGGCAGUGACACAUCACUAGGAAGGGUGAGUGGGGCAGCAUUUCCUUCUCCCACUGCUGCUGAGAUGGCAGAAAUCAGUCGAAUUCAGUAUGAAAUGGAAUACACCGAAGGUAUUAGUCAGCGAAUGAGGGUCCCAGAAAAAUUAAAAGUAGCACCACCAAAUGCUGACCUGGACCAAGGGUUCCAAGAAGGAGUUCCGAAUACCAGUGUGAUAAUGCAAGUCCCAGAGAGGAUCGUUGUUACAGGAAAUAAUGAAGACAUUUCAUUUUCAAGACCAGCGGAUCUUGACCUUAUCCAGUCCACUCCCUUUAAACCUCUGGCACUGAAAACACCACCACGUGUGCUCACCCUGAGUGAAAGACCACUAGAUUUUCUGGAUUUAGAAAGACCACCUCCAACUCCUCAAAACGAAGAAAUCCGAGCAGUUGGCAGGCUAAAAAGAGAGCGUUCCAUGAGUGAAAAUGCUGUUCGCCAGAAUGGACAAUUGGUCAGAAAUGAUUCCAUGUGGCACAGAUCAGAUUCUGCCCCAAGAAAUAAAAUUUCAAGGUUCCAGGCAUCGAUUUCUGCACCGGAGUACACUGUGACACCAUCGCCACCACAGGCUCGGGUCUGUCCUCCCCAUAUGCUACCUGAAGAUGGAGCUAGUCUUUCCUCUGCCCGUGGCAUUUUGUCGCUUAUCCAGUCUUCCACCCGUAGGGCUUACCAGCAGAUCUUGGAUGUGCUGGAUGAAAAUCGCAGUGUGAGAAGACAAAAUGAGAUACGUUGUGAAAGACCUGUGUUGCGUGGUGGGUCAGCUGCCGCCACUUCUAAUCCUCAUCAUGACAACGUCAGGUAUGGCAUUUCAAACAUAGAUGCAGCCAUUGAAGGAGCGUCCGAUGACAUGACUGUGGUAGAUGCAGCUUCACUAAGACGUCAGAUAAUCAAAUUAAAUAGACGUCUGCAACUUCUAGAAGAGGAGAAUAAAGAACGUGCUAAAAGAGAAAUGGUCAUGUAUUCAAUUACUGUAGCAUUCUGGCUGCUUAAUAGCUGGCUCUGGUUUCGACGCUAGAGGUAACCUCAGCAUUCACAUAUAUUGUCUCAACACCUGGAAAUAUAAAGGAUUUGCAAACUUCA